AUGAGGAUGUUUAAUUCUUUGAAUAUGGGGCAAACUUUAGCUUUCCAUUUGAAUAAACCAACAAAGUUCCGUCCACCGGAUGCAUUAAGCGCGUCUCAGUGGAGCCGGGGAAUAAUCCACUGCCUAAUGUAGCCUAGUAUCGCUCCACUCAAAUCGUCGAGCUGGCAAAAAUGACUGUCAUCGCACCGGCUAAAUAUAACGGCCAGAGUUAAGUGAGGACAUGCAGGCAGGAUAGCCCAGUGCAACAGGCUAUAUGUCUGAAGGAUUCUGGCCAGCUGAAUGCAUGCAGGGUAUGACGUCUAAUUGUAAAGCGAGCAAGGCAUUAAAGGUAAAGAAGGAGGCGGGCGAGAACGCGCCGGUGCUCAGCGAUGACGAGCUGGUGGCUAUGUCGGUGCGCGAGCUCAACCAGCACCUGCGCGGGCUGAACAAGGACGACAUGGCCCGGCUCAAGCAGCGGCGGCGGACGCUGAAGAACCGCGGCUACGCGGCCAGCUGCCGCAUCAAGCGCGUGACGCAGAAGGAGGAGCUGGAGAAGCAGAAGACCGAGCUCCAGCGCGAGGUGGACAAGCUGGCCCGCGAGAACGCCAGCAUGCGGCUGGAGCUGGACGCCCUGAGGGCCAAGUACGAGGCCCUGCAGUGCUUCGCCCGCAGCGUCACCCGCUCUCCCCUCUCCCCCGGGAAGGUGGGCGCCACCAGCGUCAUCACCAUCGUCAAGUCGGCCAACCGCGGUCCUGGCUCCACCCCUUUCUCCGCCCCUUCCUAG